AUGAAUCUUUUCUGUUUUUCUCUGGAGGGCUCGAUGGACAGCCUGUAUGAGCCUGUCCCAGAGCAUCAGGAAGCCAAGGAUGCAGCUACUCUUGAAAGCCAGGCUAGCACUCCAGUGAGCACACAUGGAAACUCUGGGCCACCUGACAGGUCUAUGUCUUUGGAGUUUCCUGACUUUGAGAACACACUGACCAAAAAAAGAAAAUCCAUCCAGAAGUCCAUGUCUGAAAAUGAAGCAUUUGACAGGAAAAAUGUGAAUGGCACACUUUGGCAGGGUUCCAGGAAGCCAGAGAAUGAUUCCUACAUCAGAAGGCACUGCCAGCUUGAAGAAGAUAAUAUUAUUGCUGAUGGAAUACAUUUGCUCCAAGGAAAGAAGAUAGAAGAAACAACAUGUCAGGUGAUAAACUAUGAGCAAUGGAUCCCACCUCGAGUUCACAGUCCAGGUGUGCCUGGUAACAGUGAAAUGGUUACAGAACCAGACAAUAAAACUGAAUCCAGGGGAACAUUAAAAAGAUUGCAGAAAUUGGUCCGAACAAAGAAAACAAGUACACAAAGUUUGGAGGAUAUCAAGCACGUUCUGGUUCCCCUCAGCUUAGAAAACUUUCUGGAAGUCUGGGUUAAGUCAGUAAGAGACAAUGAAGCCAAUGGACUUGGAGCAGGCUCCUAG